CCGACCAUCCCGACGAAUUCAAAUUCGAAAGUAGUCAACGGCUGUAACUGAAAUGACAACAAACAUUCUGUCCGUGCCCAUGUUUGUAUUUGGUUUUUGAUGGACUGAUUGUCAAUGCGUUUGUGCACCACGUCUCACUGAAGUAUUUGAGAUGGCUACAUUUGAUAAAGGAGUGUUGGAAUCUCACAAGUACGCAGAUUUGGUGAAAUUGGCUAAAGAGAAUGGAGUCUACCGUCGUUACGCGCCAAAGGCUGAGUUGAUUGAGAAAUUACUGGCUUUGAAUGAGUCUCCCCCUGAAACCUUGAGUGAUGUUUCUAUGCCUUCCUUUACGGACGAUGAGUCAGAUUCAGAAACUUCCAAGCAUGGUACUGAGAAUACAUCUCCCCAUGACAAAACUGUCAAACCAAACUUGACCUGGCAACAUGAAGAGCAACUCAAUAAGAGGUCCAAAGUAGCUACUUUCUCACCUCGUCAUCCUUUAUCAGAGAAAAAAAGAUUUUUGAAUAGUUCUUCUAUUUCUCUUAAAAACGAAUCCCCUACCAUAUAUAGCUGCAAAUCAGACAACUCUCAACCUUUGAGGAGGUCUCUUGCUGGCCCUGCGAAAUCUAUAAAUACUGGGGUUAAAAGAGGAAAAUGUCUGAAAACCACUGAAAUUGAAAGAAAACCGAAGCCCUCUCCAGAUCCAGCUUCUAGGAGAAUAACUCGUCAGAGAACAUUUGAUACGUAUGCGCAUGAACCCACACAAAGUCACCAGAUGAAGAGGGAGGGGACUUUUGAGGUGAUUGAGGACAAAGAGGAAGCAUGUAAUAAGAAGGCAUCUUCUCACAGUAUGAGAAGAGAAGGUACCUUUGAGGUUGAGAAUUUGAAGAGCCUCACGAAAACUUCUUCUAAUACCAGAACUUCAAAGUUGACACGAGAAAGCACAUUUGAAGUGGAAGAUAAUGCUCAAACAGUACAAAGCCAUACUUUAAGACGUGAAGGCACAUUUGAAGUGGAGGAAGUAAAGAACUCUACCAAUGACUCGCACAAAUCUAAACUGAGGCGGGAAGGUACAUUUGAGGUAGAUACUGUAUCCAAUUUGCCUGCUGAAAUGAAACUGAGAAGUCGUUCUUCCAAUGCUAGACUUACACCAAGUUGUGUAUCUGAAACCAAGAAACCUGCUCGAGGGUCACUGCGAACACCAUAUCAGCCUAAAAUAAUUAGUGUUGCAACUCCGUCUUCCAUUAAAUGUACUUUUGGGUAUCAACGCCAGAAUAUUACAUCCCGUGCAAGAGUCCAGGAAUUAACAUCUUCUGCAAAGAGAUUGUCUGGAUCAAAAUCUAAAAUUCCAUCCGUAAUAAAUGAAAUCCAAAGAAAGAAAGCAGAAGUUUCCACCCAAAAAAUGGCAAGUACCUCAACUGGAUUCAAACCUACUCUUGCUAAAAAAGCUCCUGACUUCAAUGCUAUUCACAAUAGGCUUUUUGAUAAAAUGGAAUCUAUUGCUGAUUCUGUCCAAAAAGUGAAAGAUAGAGCUUUUUCCUCACAGAAACUUCAAGUGAAGAGUGGUAAAAAGAGCCCUCCUAAAGCGAAAGCUGUUAGGAAGUUGUUGUCUCCUAAAGUGGGUAAAUCCAAACUAGUAUCACCCAAGCCCCUGUUCCAAAACAUUGGUUCUGCAUUUGCAUCAAAAGUAGUUUCAAUCCAGAAGAGGCCAUCGACCGGAUCUGUUAUAACUGGUGUGUCAAAGUUACAAUCACCCAAGCCUGAACAGAACAUCAAAAGAAACGGAUUUGCAAGUAAUUUUGGAUUUACCAAAGCUGAGCAUUCAAGAAAAGAAGCUUUUAAAGCAAGUGUUAUGGGACGAAAACCCAUGAAAAGGAAUAGUCCAAUGUCGAAAGCUAAGCAUGCAUUGAAUACAGUCAGAUUGAAUAAGAGAUUUGAAUUGCAAAUGAAACACCGUAUUGCCCAGCAGGCUAAAGAAGAUUCAUAAUUGUGAGCAGUAGCAUCACAAUUUAAAUUUAAUUUUAAGUGUACCUAAUGGGUAUAUAAUGUAUAAAUAUUGUUACUGUGUACUGGUUGCAAUGGUUUGAUCUCGUAUAAACUGCAUGUAUUAGGUCAUUCUAUUUAAUAUUUUUGACUUAAUGUUGCUGUCUUUUUAUUCCAAUAAAUCAAUCGUAUGUGUUUUUUAAAAAUA